CCGCCCUGACGGAAAGAACCGAUGAGGCCUUGCUGCACUUUAACAGUGGGAGGCUCGGAAAAGCCCGUGGAGCUUUAGAGACUGCAAAUUCCCUGGCUAUUUCCACCUAGAGCCUCUUUGUCACAUCCGAUGAAUUCUCUCAUCUACAGAAAGCGGCUGCUGAAAAAGACAUCACCGGCUACAAGGCCUUGAGUAUUACAGCGCUCCCUGAGCAAACUAAAACCCAAGUCUUCGGAUCAAAACCAGCCGGGGCUGUGCAUCCUUCCCGAUGCCGGACCUCCUGAAAAUCUCACCUGGGUACAGCUCAGGAUCCUGGGCUCGGCUCGCUGGCCCUGACAGGCGAGUGGCCAGGGUGACACACGGUGAGAAGAACACACGCCCGCCUGCCUGCGAAGCCUCGCAAAUAGCUGGGCUCCCUGGGCACCUUCUGCCGCCAGGUCUCCGCCUCCCAACCUCCCUCUGGGCGUACCGAGCCCGUUGUCGCCACGUUUCCCUCGCCCGGGCGGCAAUGCGGCACCCACCCCGCAGCAUCCUCGCUUCCGGGGCCUCGGGCAAGGGUCUCCAGUCUCGGCCCACCCACCCUGCCCCCCUCGCGCCGCGCUGGCCCUCCAGCCUGAGACCACAUUCAAGGCCGAGCGCAGUCUGGGCUAGAAACCCGCCGCUCGGGGCGCAGGCAGCCCAGCUGGGCCCCGCCCCACCCCGACGAGCUGCUCACGACCUCCGAAGGGAAGAAAGCGGCGCUCUAAGAACCCAGAGAGACCGCCGGCCAAGCGCCGACUCGGGGGGCUGGGGAACGGAAACCGACGUCUCCACUUCGCCCUCCCGGGAAACCCUUCUCCGCUUACUCUCCAUUCCGCGACCGCCAAUAAAGAACAGCAUACAUGUUGACCAGAUGGAGAGGGAGAAGUCUGUUCCCGCUGACUGACAACAGAUCCGGCCAGUCGGCGCUCGGCGAGACGGCUGGCCGGCCGCCCGGGCCCUCGAUCGCAGCCAAUCACAGAUGCCGAUGGGAACGAGCCUCCCCGCGGCUGCUGUUUGACUUCGCAGGCUUCCAGCUGCGCAGCAGAGCGACGUCACCCUGUGCCAGUGGUGGCUCGCGGCGGCGCCCCGCCCACCCGAGGUUAGCGCCCCAGCCAAAGAGGGGGCGCGCUUGCGCGGUGGGUGGGGCCGCGAGACUUGGUACCUCGCCAGCGGGCGGAGCGCGGAGGGGGUUUCGCUUCGGGCAAAGGGAGUGUGGUUGUGACCGCCAGGAAACCGAGAACGGAAUGCCAAUACUGCUUAGGCUUAGAAUUUGAAAGGCAUCUGAUUUCACCGCCAUGUCUUUGAAAAGCAGUGCACAGUGCAGUCUUCUUCGUGGCUGAACAGCAACAUGCCUUUCAUCUGGGAUCUGCCUACUCCGCUCAGAAAGUGCAUGGAUGAGAUUCCAUCCUGAUCCACAAGGUAGACUGACUACCCCAUUGGCUUCCACAGUGAUUGCCUCAGGGGUAGACAUAUGACCCAAAUUGGGCGAAGACUUUUGUUUGGAGCAGAUUUUUUCUGUACACAGGCUAUGAAGCUGAGAGCUGGAUAUAUAUAAAGUUUAGAGCUGCUGUAACCCUCUUGGAAUCUCAGAGGAGCUCCUGGAAUGGCAAGACAGACUGCAUGGAGCCUGAAGACGAAGCACUCAUAGCAAGAGGCAGAGUGAAGAGACAGAGAAAUGGAGUCAUUAAGGACGUUGAUUAAGUCCUUGUUUACAGCAGUGCCUGUAAUCAGCCAUUCUGGUGGAUUUUUCAGUUACUUGACUUUAAUAAUAAACAGUUAUGCUGUAAUCAUAAA